CAUUUGAUUGUGUUUGGACCCUUUUGUACCUUUGUCGACAGUUCGAGAAUGAUUUCUCCGAUAGCUUUCUCCGUGUUAGUUCUCGCCUUAGGAAUACAGGCAAAACCCAACUCGCAAACUGUUAUCCCUAUUCUGCGCUAUGAAUCAAAUGGACCAAAUGUCGACGGAUCAUACAAAUGGCUUUACGAAACUGGUAACCAAAUAAAUGCGGAAGAGGCUGGUUAUGUGAAGAAUUUCGGCAAAGGCGAGGGCCAAGAGGAGCAGGUCGCCAAUGGAAAGUUCAGCUACAAGGCACCUGACGGGUCUAUAAUUACACUGCAAUACGUUGCUGACGCCAAUGGCUUCCAACCAAAGGGCGACCAUUUGCCUACUCCUCCGCCGAUCCCGCCGGCGAUUCAAAAAGCUCUAGACUUAAUAAAAAAUGCGCCCGCAAAACGUAGCGGUGGUACUGGUCCCUACUAUGGUUGAAGAUUAUAGUCUGCACGUAUCAUUCGUUCUACGUCAUCACUAUCAUACAUAUAAAUAUUCAUAUUGAUACAUGUUAUUAACAUAAUUACUCCAGAUUUAAUUUAAU